GCGCGGGAUAAAAGGCGGGCGGCGGGCGCGGGAGCCCGGGCCCUGCAGCCUGCGAGCGCCACCGGCGGGCCGGCUUCCCCCGCCGCCCACCCCGCUCCCGGCGCGGCCGAGCUCCGGCGGUACCUGCAGCCGAGCGAGAGAGCCGGGGAGCCCGCGCCGCCGCCACGAAACUCGCCAAAGUUGAGAGGCUGCCGCCCACCGGGAGCCGGAGGGAAGGUGCGAGCGCGCAGGGCGCGAACCAGCAGGCGGACGCGCGGACCUUCCGAGCGCACCGCCGUCGGCGGCCUCUCCCGAGCCGCUGCGGCUUCCCAGCGCUGUGAGUGGUCGGCUAGACCGACGGCUGGCUAAAUCAGUGGGAAGCUGAGCUGGUGAGAAGCGACUGGCAAGAGACUCAGAGGCGACCAUAAUGUCGUUAAGGUUCCACACACUGCCCACCCUGCCUGGAGCUGUCAGACCGGGUUGCAGAGGGCUGCUGUGUUUGUUGGUGAUCGCAGUGAUGGUGAGCCCCAGCGCCUCAGGAAUGUGUCCCACUGCUUGCAUCUGUGCCACCGACAUUGUCAGCUGCACCAACAAGAACCUGUCUAAGGUGCCUGGGAACCUUUUCAGACUGAUUAAAAGACUGGAUCUGAGCUAUAACGGAAUCGGACUGCUGGAUGCUGACUGGAUGCCAGUGUCCUUUGUCAAACUGAGCACCCUGAUUCUUCGCCACAACAACAUCACCAGCGUUUCCACCGGCAGCUUCUCCACAACUCCAAAUUUAAAGUGUCUUGACUUAUCAUCCAACAGGCUGAAGUCAGUGAAAAGUGCCACGUUCCAAGAGCUGAAGGUUCUGGAAGUGCUUCUGCUUUACAACAACCGAAUUUCCUCUCUGGACCCGGCAGCGUUCGGAGGGCUCUCCCACUUGCAGAAACUCUACUUGAGUGGGAACAUGCUCACACAGUUCCCUAUGGAUUUGUAUGUUGGGAGGUUCAAGCUGGCCGACCUGACAUUUUUAGACGUUUCUUAUAAUCGAAUCUCUUCCAUACCAAUGCACCAUAUAAAUUUAGUGCCGGGCAAACAACUGAGAGGCAUCUACCUUCACGGGAACCCGUUUGUCUGUGACUGUUCUCUGUACUCACUGCUGAUAUUUUGGUACCGUAGGCACUUUAGCUCUGUGAUGGAUUUUAAGAAUGACUACACCUGUCGCCUGUGGUCUGACUCCAGACACUCUCACCAGCUGUUCCUCCUCCAGGAGAGCUUUCUGAACUGUUCUUACAGCGUUAUCAACGGCUCCUUCCACGCACUCGGCUUUAUCCACGAGGCUCAGGUUGGGGAAAGGGCGAUUGUCCACUGUGACAGCAAGACUGGGAAUGGAAAUACUGAUUUCAUCUGGGUCGGUCCGGAUAACAGACUGCUGGAGCCAGAUAAAGACACGGGGAACUUUCGUGUGUUUUACAACGGAAGUCUGGUUAUAGAGAACCCCGGUUUUGAGGACGCCGGAGUUUAUUCUUGUAUCGCAAUGAACAGGCAGCGUCUGUUAAAUGAGACCGUGGAUAUCAUGAUAAACGUGAGCAAUUUCACCGUAAACAGAUCCCACGCCCACGAGGCCUUUAACACGGCCUUUACCACCCUGGCUGCCUGUGUGGCUAGUAUAGUUCUAGUGUUACUGUAUCUGUACCUGACACCGUGCCCGUGCAAAUGUAAAGCCAGGAAACAGAAAAACACACUGAACCAAAGCAGUGCUCACUCGUCCAUUCUCAGUCCCGGCCCCACUAGUGAUGCCUCUGCUGAGGAACGGAAGGCAGGUAAAAGAGUGGUGUUUUUGGAGCCCCUGAAGGAUACGGCGGCGGCGGGACAGAAUGGGAAGGUGAAGCUUUUCCCCAGUGAGACUGUUAUAGCCGAGGGCAUCUUAAAGUCCACCAGGGCAAAAUCUGACUCAGACUCAGUCAAUUCUGUGUUCUCAGACACACCCUUUGUGGCAUCCACUUAACUGGGUGCCUGUGUUCGUCUGCUGUCGUGAUUUAAUCUCUUCCUUGCUCAACUUUGGUCUGCAGAAUUAAUAGCAGGACAGAAACUGUUUUGUCUUUUGAGAUGAAACCAAAGGGUGUCUUUUAAGAUGGUUGCCAGGAAGUGAGGCAAAGCACACUGGUUGCUUCUCGUGCUGGGUAAAGAGGCAGUGGACUCUGAGAGUUUUAAGUUCCUGACAACAGCGUCUUAGCCUUCAGCAUCCUUGAGGAUUUCAAAGCCGGCUUGAAGGCAAUAGGACUGGCCAUUAUCUCUUUAUUUGGUUAUCUUGAAGAAAAAAAUAAAGCUAUGUGUUAGCAUUCUUUAAAAAUAGAAUCUUUUGACUUACUAGAACCAAAGUUGGGCUGAGCUAAGUCUCUUUUUUUUUUUUUUUUAAAGAAAAACAUUACUGGCUUCUUUCCCUUUUAAAAGAUCUAGAAGGAGGGAUUGGUUAUUUAUAAAGCAUAAAGUUAGCCUAGAGGUUUUUCAGCCAAAACCAUCAUUUCAGACCAGAAUAGGCAAACAUAUAAUAUCCACAGGAUUGUGCCCCAUCCCAUGUAGUGUAAAGAGCCGUAGCUGUUUAGCUGUCUUCUCCGUAGUCUCUGCAUCCUGGUACAGAAGAUCUCACCGAAACAGUAGAGGUGUCAUUAUUUGUUGCCAAGAAUAUGUGUCAGUACCAAAAUGUCUGAGUAACUCCCUAAACCUUCAUCGUAGCAGACUCGUGUCUGUCCGUCUGCUUGUGUAUAUGUAGAACCUGAAGUUAUAUGGACGCCUGAGUAGACCCCAGUGUACUGUGUCUCACACUUUUAAGUCGCUGUAAAUACAUGUGCUUUGUGACUUGA